AUGCAGAACAACGUGAAGGGCAUAUUCGAUAGCUUCAACGAGUAUCUCGUGAAGGAGCACGAGUUGCGUACUGAAAUCCGUGACAUCGUGCGAGACAUUGAUCAGGCAGCGAAGGAAGCCGCCAUUGUACUGCAGAUUAUUCACAGCAGCAUGGCAGACGUAUCGGCGGCCUGCGCUAAGGCUCGGACCAUCUUUGAAACUUGCCGUGAAGGUUAUGGGAAGCUGGCCGCACUCAUCCCGGCGGGACAGUACUACCGGUAUCAUGACCAUUGGCAUUACAUGACGCAGCGAAUCGUGUUUUUAAUCGCGCUCACUAUUUAUCUCGAGAAAGGGUUUCUCGUGAACCGGGUAACGGCUGCUGAAAUUCUCGGGCUUACCGUAGAUCAACAGAACGGAUUCCAUCUAGAUAUCGAAGAUUACCUAGUGGGUAUUUUGCAACUCGCCUCGGAGUUGAGCCGCUAUGCCGUCAACUCCGUCAUUAUGGGUGACUACGAAAAGCCGCUCAUGAUCUCAAAGUUUGUCGCCGAUCUCAACUCGGGCUUCCGGCUGUUGAAUCUCAAGAAUGAUUCUCUCCGCAAGCGCUUCGACGCGCUGAAGUACGAUGUGAAGAAGAUCGAGGAAAUAGUGUACGACAUAAGCAUACGGGGAUUGCGUACCGAAGUGACAUCUCCAGCCGCAUCAUCCGUACCGGCUGCUGAACCACACGUCGAUCAAGCGAAGCAAACAUAA